AGCAACAGUGUGCCGGAGCAUGAUAAACGACGGAGGAUCUCACUAAGACCCAGAGUCAAGUCAAGGCGGCGCUCUCCACGGGCGCAGCCAUCUCCAGGCCCGACAGCGACGCCGUCGAUUGGUUGAUGGCGAGGAGCAGCAGCUUCUUCCCCACGCGGCCACACCACCACACAGGGGCAUGGUUGCUGCUGGUGCCACUGCCAGCGCCGGUAUAAAAUCCCCAUCCCCCUUCUUGGGAGCGGGGCAGAGUCGCUGAGGCAGAAGGAGACCAAGAAACAGAGGAGCUUUCUUGGCCCUUGCCUAGCCUAGCCUUGUCGCAGGGAAGGAAGGGGAGGGACGAUGGAGGUGGCGGCGGAGGCCGGCGCGCAUACGCAGCAGCCCUGGGGCCAGUUCAAGGAGGAGGUGGAGAUCAUGGAGGAGGAACACGGCGGCGGCGGCGCUGAUGAGGUGGAGGAGCCGCUGAACAGAAAGAUCAGGAAGCGGCCGGACCUCGCCCACGACCACGGCAGCAGCAAUGGCAACGGCAACGGCAACGGCAACGGCGCCCACCACGCCAAUGGCGGCGGAGAAGAAGACCAUGCCAGAGUCGGGGGAGAAGGAGAGGCGGUGGAGGAGCAGCAGCAGCACAAGAGCAUCUUCUUCGAUCCAGCCAAAGGGCUAUGGAAGUGCCGGCACUGCGACUGGACAUACCGCUUGGCUAGUCCGUGCGGAAAUGGUAUCCUGGACCAUCGGGGCUAUCACCACCAAAUCCCCAAAUCGUUAGUUCAGAAAGAACCGUCUUAUGGUUCAAUGAACAGAGGAACGAUGCGAUCUAGUGCUGAAAAAGGAGACACAAAUAGAACUUGGACUCCAAAAGGCAAAGGGCUUGAAGCACAUGAAAAGGGAAAUGCUCAAGAAAUUAAUCAUGGUCCAGGCAAUGGCAAGUUAGACAAUGGAUCGCACUCGAAUGGUUCUCAUCAGGCCCCCAAUGGCGCUAAACCAAAGAUAGAAUACAUGUUUGAAAUCAACAAGACUGAAAUUUAUCCAUCUGAAGUUAACAAGGACGGACAGGUCGCCGAGGCUCAAGCGAAGGUCGAAGAGUAUGACCUGGAGAAGAUUUUGGAUGAGCAAGAAACCUAUGAACUGCAGUGUCCCAUGUGCCAGUCGUGCAUAACUCGGAGGGUGAUCCUGAAGAAGAGGAAAAGGAGUGUACCAACUUCACCCACCGGCGAACCACUAAAGAGACCGGAUUUUAAAGGAGCAGUGCCUCCUGUUACUUCGCCUGAUAGGGUUGAGGGAGCACCACCCGACGUAUUCAGAUGUUUGUCAUGCUUCUCCUUCUUCAUUCCAACAGGAUGCAGUUUCAACAUAUUCCGUAUAUUUGGGUGGAGGGAUGUGGGCGGACAACCUGAUGGUCUUCCUCCUCCUGCAUCAGAGGACACGCCUCCUCGCUCUGAAAAUUGCACAAGCUGGCUUCUGUCUUGUUUCCAGCCAGGAGAUCGCCCAAACCAAACUGCUCAUGCUGCUGAUUCAUUGAUAGUGCCACUGCUGCCCGGUACUCCGAGCUCUGACGAUACAACCACGAUAACGGAAUCUAGCACUUCAUAUGUUCAUCAUAGUCAUGGCACGGUUGUAAAACCAGAGCAUUUGGCAGUUGAAUCACAUUCAGAGAACCAAGCUACUACAGAUCCAGCGACGAUGCCACUGCAGUCAGUGACACAGAACUCCAAUGAUACAACCACUAAAACUGAAUCCAGCACAUCCUAUGUUCAUCAUAGUCAGGGCACAGUUGCUAACCCAGAGCACUCGACUGUCGAGUCAUCGUCGGAGCAUCAGACCACCACAAUCAUCACAACUACAACCACGAAAGCAACUGCUUCAUCAUCCUCUACAAACACAUCAUCUCACACGGCGUCUGCUACAGGUUUCUUCCACACAGACACACUGGAAGUGGUAACCGGUGAAAUGCCUCCCUCAAAGCCUGACGGUGGUGCAAUCCACCACCUACUUGGCCAUGAAGAUGUUCACAGAACUGCAAUGACUACCUCCGAGAAUGGCUUUACAACCCAUUCAGUUCACACAUCAGGAAUGAAGGUCGAUGGCCCGAAUGUGACGAAUGUCGCGAGGGGCGACAUAUCAACCUCGCCGAUUCCUCAAGCAACAGAUCCACAUCAUUUAGUGGUAUCAGUCCCUGAACAAGUGAAUCCGACUCCUCCUAGACCCCAACAGAGGGAUGACUGGGAUAUACUGAAAGCCAUAGUGUAUGGAGGCUUAGUGGAGUCUGUCACCAGCCUCUCCGUUGUUUCGGCUGCCGCAUCAAGCGGCGCAAAAACAUUGGACAUAUUCAUCCUGGGCAUAGCCAACCUUAUUGGAGGACUUCCUCUCAUCUUCCACAAUAUCGCUGACCUGAGAGACAUCCGAGACGUGGACGGGAACGACGAGCAGGUCGGCCACUACUGGCUGCAGCUCGGGAGGCGGUCCAAAGCCCGGCUCCACAUGGUCAUGGCCCUGCUCUCAUACAUGGUGUUCGGGCUGCUCCCGCCGGUCCUCUACGGGCUGUCGUUCCGCGAGAGCAACGACCGGGAGAACAAGAUGAUGGCCGUCGCCGGUGCCUCGCUCGCCUGCAUCGCUCUGCUGGCGCUCGGAAAGGCGCACAUCCACACCAGGACCUACUUCAAGACCCUCAUGUACUACCUGACCAUCGCCGUGAGCUCGUCGGGGCUGUCGUACGUCGCCGGCGUGCUGAUCACGCGGCUCCUGGUGCACUAUGGAAUAAUUGAGCAAGGCGGUUCGUCUGCUCCUGCUACUCCAGGGCUGUCGUCGCCGUUCGCUUAUGGUGCUGGUGCAGGGUCGUCUGCAUGGGCCUCAUUCUGAAUAGUAUGAAGUUCUGCUGGUAUAAAAAGAGAAGAUAUGAGUGAGUUCAGGAGAGAAGUGCCUGCAUGAUCUUUGAGUUUCUGCUACCUGGUAGCUGUUUUUUGUAGUUUUUGUUGGUGUACACUUGAAGCUUUGAUGCUUCUCAUGGUAUCCUGGUGAUGUUUGUCAGCAUGUUUGUGAGCAGGGAGAACAAGAAGUUCAGUGUUACGUACUAUAAAAAUAUGCCAUGUUUUUGAAGAUCGUAA